ACUAUACAAGGACAUAUUACUCCUCUACCAAUGUGGGACAAUACUACACUAUAUACAUAGUUGUAAACUAAAAGUACAAUAACAACCUAUUGAUCCUACCGCUAUUUCUAACUAUACGAGUUUUUCUCUUUGGUUGUUUAUUUACAUCCUGUUCUGUUAUAAAUUGUGAGAACAAUUGAUUCAUAAACAAGUAUGAAUAACAAUAUACCAUAAGGAUAACAUAUGUAAUUUUAUUGCUUUUGUUUCCACUCGCGAAAAUGUGUUGCGUAUGAUAUGUGUGGAUUUAGCAAAAUGGAUUUAUGGGCUAUCUCUUUCGAGCUACGUUCAUCACAUGUGGACUCAAUUUUCAUAUGUUAAGCUAAUCUGAACUAACUUCUAGCUGUCAUUGAAGUCUCCUUACAUAGUAGUCAAACCAUAGAUAUUUCUAACUUAUUCCAUAUUGGGUCCCAAUUCUUAAGAAAAAAUGUUGAGAUGUCAAUCUUGUUAGGCUAGAGGGGGCACUUCUUGCUUUUUUUUCUUUUUCUUCUUCCUUAAAAGAUUUACUUUCUUGUGAAACUUCUGUAUCUGCACUGUUUCUUCCAAUCUUCACGGGAGGGUAGGUGUUAUGACCAGUGCAUGAAACUGCCCUAAGGCGGAGGCGGCACAGAUUUGGUGGCCGGGCAUCCCAAUCGCUAAGACGUACGCCCAGUGUUGUCAAAGGCUCAUUUAAGGCGCGCUUAAGCCCUGAAGCUCAGAAAAGCUCAGGGAGGGCGCUUCGCCUCGCUUAAGCUGCGCUUCAGUGUAAGGCAAAGCACUAAGACAUGCGCCUCAUUGCCCAUGAGUUUUAUUGGGAAUCAAGAGGCACUAAACAACAAAUAUAAUCAGAAAAUAAUGUAUUAGCGGUAAAGAAAAACAUUAUAAAUGAAUUUAUUACUUUGUCCUUGAAUUACAUAUAUAUUUUAUUUUUUCCCAUAGUUGCGCCUUUUUUUUACUAAAGCCAAUACUUUAAGUGCACUUUGCGCUUAAAUCCCUAAUAGACCUAAAGUGCUUUUAGAGUUUUUCGCUUUUGAUAACAUUGCGUAUGCCCAGGCGUGUAUUACUCCUCCCUGACAGGGCGCACACAGAAAACUCAAGCAAAUGUAGGGCAAAAUCCUAAAGAAGAAGAAGAGAACAUUAGGGUUUAUUUAUUUACCACAAACAUGCAAAUACAACUAUUUCACUAACUUGGAAAGUAUCAGUCGUGUAAAUAAAAUAUUUUCGUAUUGCUUCAAUUUCAUUCGCUGAGAACAAAGGGCUCCAGGGAUGGAAGAAGAAUAUAGGUCUAAUCCCUUCCAAAUACACUAUUGAAGAAAAUUGUAUUUGGGUUUCGAAUGUUGGUAAUUUGGGGAAGAAGAUGAACUCUCAAAACCAUGAGAAGGACAUGGGGAGAAAUUUUGAGAGAAAUUGUAGGGGGAGAGAAUUUGCGAAAAAGAUGAUUGUGAUUCAAAAACCAUAUGUUGACCUUUUUUUCCAACUGUGAAAAUGGGCUGACGAAGAAAGCAAUGACACUCUCCCACUGCCCUAAAACAUCAUGUCAUCUUGCAAUUCACCAUAUGUGCCAGCCGUGGAAUCAACCACUGAUACUUACAUCAGAGUAGGCUGCUUAUAUCACACCCCCUAGGGUGCAGCCCUUCCCUGAACUCUGUGAAUGCGGGAUGCUUCGUGCACCGGGCUGUUCUCUUUUGUCCUUUUCAAGUUCUUAAAUGAUUUACAUGUUCUUUUAGUUAUUUCGCAAAGAAAGUUUUCUUAGAAAAGUUUCUUUCUACUUUAUUGACUGGUCUAUUAAAAGUUAUAGCCUCUACUUUAUUGUGCAUGUUUAUAGAUUAUACUAAAAUCUCCUGCCUUUUUGAUAAAUUUUGAUUUCUAAAAAAUAUUUGUAUGUUUUUCGUAUUUUAAAAAUAUUUAUGUGCUAUUGAAUUAUACAAUAAUAAGAUCCAUGGGGCUUACGCCUCGCCCCGUACUUGAUAAAAUGUUUCGCCUUGCGCCCUCUCCUUUUAAAACACUUGUUAUCACCCUCCCCAUAGUCGACACAUCUUUUAUUUGGAAAAGGUAAGAAAAGAUGAUUUUCAGCUGCUGGUGAAUGCCAUCUGAUAGCUGUAUUGCUUAUCUUUCUUCUGUUAGGUUAUCUUGCUAUGAUAAUCAAUGUUCUUUGGUUCUUUUCUGCAUGUUUCUAUUGUUAGCUUGACGGAGAUCCAGAAUGCACGUGGUAUUAUGGAUGUCCUUACUGAAAUGCUGAAUGCAUUAGGUCCUGAAAACAAAGAGGAACUCAGACAAGAGGUCAUUGUUGAUUUGGUGGAACAAUGCCGUACCUACAAGCAGAGAUUGGUACACCUUGUAAACUCGACUACGGAUGAGUCACUGCUAUGCCAAGGACUAUCGCUGAAUGAUGACUUACAGCGUGUAUUGGCCAAGCAUGAAGCUAUUGCAUCAGGAACUUCUAUUAAAGGCGAAUCAUCAAAACCUGAAGCUGCUCGAUCCCUUGUAGAUAUUGAUGCUCCUCUUAUUGAUACUGGAACCAGCAACCAGUCAGACCAAGGAUCUACAUCAAUUGCUAGUUUAGGGACACAGUUGCUUCUUCCUGCUCCUACAUCAGCAAAUGGUCCAUCAGCAACUCCAACAAAAGUUGACCCUAAGAUGGAUCUUCUGAGCGGAGACUUUGGCUCACCAACAGCUGAGAAUGCUCUUGCGCUUGUUCCUGUUGGAGAACCUCAACCAGCAAAUCCUUCGCAGCAGAAUGCCCUUGCUAUUCUCGACAUGUUUUCGCAGCCAAGCACCACCCCCUCUACUUAUUCAGUUGGUCAGGCAAAUCCUUCAUCCCCUCAAUUUCAGCAACAACAGAAUUUUCAUUCUGUGCAACCAUCUUUGUACCCAAAUGGAAGUGUCCCUGGUAUGACCUACGCCCAAGGCUCCAAUCCUGCCUGGAAUGGGCAGAUGUCACAGCAACAACAGCCAGCUUCUCCAGGUUAUGGAACUCAAAGCACUAAUCCUUUUCCACUUCCUCCAUGGGAAGCUGAGGCAGAAGAAAGCCAAAUAGUAGGUAGCCCUCAUGCUCAACCGAUGCUAAAUAAUCCCAUGCCAGGUAGUUCACAAGCUUUAGCAAUGCACAAUAAUCAGAUGAUGCCUGGCGGUUCGCAUGCUGUAUCACCGCAAAAUAAUCAGCUGGUUGCAGCGAACGCUCAGCAAACAUACCUCCAUGGUAUGUAUGCACAUCCGGGCACAGCUGGACAGCCUGCUAUAAUGAGCAAUCAGGCUAUGCAAGGCAAUCAGAUGGAAGGCAUGUAUCCUCAACAGUUCCAAGGUGGGCAACCAGGGAGUUUAUUUCCUCAACAAAUGCCAUCUGGGCACAUGGCUUAUAUGUAUUCGCAACAAAUGUAUGCCAACCAAAUGGCCAGUUAUGGUUAUGGUAAUGCUCAACAACAAAAUACUCAGUUCCUUAACCAAGGAAUGUCUGGGCUCUCUGUGAGGGACAAUGGUGUCCUCAACAAUUCUUCCUAUCCAGUUUCCGCUCCUUCAUAUGUGCCAUCUGGAAAGCCUUCAAAGCCGCAAGACAAAUUGUUUGGGGACCUAGUUGACCUUUCAAAAUUCAAACCAGCCAAUGCUGCUCCCAGCAGAGCUGGUAGCACGUGACAGUAACUGGUUUUGCACCCUUUUUUUUUUUUUUUUUAAUAAUUAGAAUUUCUAUUUGGUUCUUAAGCUUCUGUUGUCUCUUCAUUUUAUAUUUACACAUUCUCCUUUGAGUCCAUAUGCAUUUAAUGGUUCUUCACGAGAUGAUGAGAGUUGUGUACAUUUCCUAUAGAGUGAAGAACUAGCUCUGGAAGAAAGAAAGUCAAGGAACCUCGCUCUAGCUUGAAUAUGUAUAGGAUGUAUUCAAUUAUUCAUUUUAAUGCAGUUUCGGGUGAUAUAAUUUUGUGCUGUUA